AUGGAUAUAACUAAGGUACUAAAUUGGCUUGAUAAAAUUGAAAGUUUAGAUGAAAACAGUUCACAGUCUGAAAAUGAAAAUAAUUUACUGACUAGUGAUGUCAUUGAAGAACCAACUUAUCAUGCGUUACAUAAUGUAGAAACUACGUCAAACAGUAUUGUAAGUGAUGGUAAACCAACUAUUUACUCCUCAAACACAGCCACUUCCACAACUACUUCUUCGGAUUAUAUACCUUCUGGUUCUGAAUCUAGUUCAGAUCAUUUUUCUGAUAGUUCACUAAAUAAGUGUGAUGAUUUGACAAAUACAGUAGCCACCCCAGUACAGUCAAGAGCACAUACUAGAGGUAGAGGAAUGAGCAUGAGAAGGGGGAUGAAUAUAUCUGGCCAAAAAUUUAAACAAUUUCCAUAUACUGGUAAUACUGAAAUACAUUCAGAUAUUAGUAAUAAAUUAAAUCUAAGAGCUUCAGAUGUUUACCGGUUUAUUGUUGAUGAUGAAUUAUUAAACCUAAAUGUAAGUAUGACAAAUGAAAAUGCUAAAACUAAAAAACCUCAUUGGAAAGAUGUAGACCUUGAUGAAUUAUUAAAUUUUUUUACCAUCAUGCUGUACAUGGGUUUAGUAAAAUAUCCAACAAUUACAGAUUAUUGGGCAAAUAGUUUCCUAUACAAAAAUGAAUUUGUAAAAUCUGUAAUGCCUAGAGAUAGAUUUAAAGAUAUUUUAAGAUUUUUACAUAUACAAAAUAAUGCUACAGCUGACAUCACAGACCGUAUAUAUAAAUUAGACCUCUAG